UGAUAUAAAUUUCCCAAGCCCAACGACAUCCUCACUUCAUCCUUGUCUCGAAGGAAAGAAGAAGAAGAAAAAAAUGUCAAGAAACCAGCAGCACCUUCUCCGGCUAGUCCUGUCUUGCCGAAAAAUAACAGCUCAGGUAUCAAAUCCGACGACUUCCACAAUAAUCGCGAUGGCUUCUUCCUCCGAACAAGAAUCAUUCCUCUCUAUCUACCGCAACACUUCCCUCUCUAUCUUCUCUCGCCAAUCCUGGGACUCGAAAACGGCGUCGCGUGUUGGGGAGAAGUUAGGGUUUAGAUUAAAGGAAAUCGGGGUUAAUAAUAUCUGUAUUGAUUUAAACGAAGAGUUGUCAAGGCCGAUUCAUCAUAGAAAGCGUGUGUUGCCGUUGUUUGAUUCGGUGAAACGCGUCGGCAUUGAGGUUGACGGAGCUGAGAAGCUAGGAGAGAUCGGUCCUGUUUGAUGGAUUGUGAGGAUUUGAUUGUUUAGUAUACAUUUUUUUAUAAAGAGAGAAUAUCAAAACGAUAACCCUCGGCAUCAGCAAGUAGUGGCAUGGAUAGAUAAAGUGAGCAACAUGCUGUACGCACCUCUUAAAGAAGCUCCUAUUAUAAUCCACAGAGAUGAAUUGAGUAGGUAACAGAAGGAGAAUACGAUGCAACCAGGUCUUGCAAGUCAUAAUAGAAAUUAGGGUAAGGGAGUCUGUCUAGGUCUUCUUUGAAAGGUGGCUUGUAAUGGAGAAGCUUGCCUGUAAGUGAAGGAUCAAAUAUUGGACCCAUGUUUUAAGUCGUGAAGGAGUAGCUGAUUUUAGUGCAUUCAGCACAUUGUCUAGCUUGUUGGGAGUUCAUGGAGAUGUUUACCGCUUCAAUCUCCAUGCAUUUGUAAGGAAACCCAUAAGAUGUGGGUGAUUUCAUGGGCCACUGGGAAGAUUUUUUCUGUUGUAUCGGCAUGGUCCAAGGGAUAACGGUCGAUUAAGGAAGAGGGAAACCAACUUGGACAGGGAUGCCUUGCUGCGCCACACCCUUUCCAUGGGCUGCCUGGAGUUUUUGGCUUUUUAAGUGAUUCUGCCCAGCUAAAUCCUGCCAACACCCACAAUCAGGACAACUGAUGCACCUCGAGACUGGGGUUUUUUAUCUUUUAUUGUUUUUUUUUCAAAAUAUCACAGGGAAAAAAAAUUAUUUUGACAACUCUCACCCUUGCAUACAUUACGCAUAGAAAAUCACAUGCAAUAGAAUGUGUACUGUGUUAGUUUUUAGAUUAGUUGGGAAGCCCUAAAAUGAGUUCAUCCAAAAUCAAGCUUGAUCAAGACUUGGGUCAAAUUUGCUAAGCUUAGUCAUGUAUGGUCCAAUAUGCCCAUUUCUAGGGCACUUGCUAGGGCACAGCUUGAGCUAAAAAAAAAGUUUAGAUUUUUUUUAUAUAUAUAAUCAUAUUUUAUCAUAACUAAGCAUUCCGUAAGAUGCUUGGAUUUGGGACCCAGGUUAGAAUUUCAGUUCUUAGGCUAGACAUUAAGCUGGGUUUUGGGGACUAAUUAUGAUCUAUGCCCAUAAUAGAAAAGAAAAGGAAAAACUAUAGAAAUUUAUUAAAUUAACGUUAAUGAUCUUGCUACCUUGUUUCAUAAAAUAAAAAAGAAAGGGAAGAAAGAAAGAAAGAGAGAAAAAAAUCUAUAAAACUUCAAGAAAUUGAGAGGGGGGUGGGGUGGGGGACUGCUUUAGUUCAAGUUAAUCAUAAGAGAUUGAGAGAUUAAGAAAUGUGAAAGAGAGAUAGAGAGGGAGAGAUCAAGAAA